AUGAAUAUUAUUACCAUUUUUUUAACUAUUAGUGCAGCUCUCUUAACUGGAACUCUCUCAGCUGAUGCACCUAAUUGGUUAGGUAUAUACAAUGUUGAUGACAGUUGCAAUCAGGCCGAAUGUUGCUGUUUAUCCGAACAGACAACCAUAUCAAAAGCUGAAAAUUCACAACUUUUAGUCACGGCUAACGUUGCUGGCGUACCAUGUCAACAGCAACUCAAUGGAUCAACAACAAUCAGUGUACUACUUCCUAUUCCACAAGAUAAGAGUGGUUUUCAAAUUACAACGGACUUUCUUGGUACGUACAAUCGAUUUACUCUCAGUGCCGAUAGUCAAUAUAUUGCCCAUGUUAAUUUACAAUCGCCAAGAUGCAGCGCUAUGGCACGUCGAGUAGUUAGCAAUUGGUUAGGAACAUUCAAUGUUGAUGAUAGCUGUAAUCAAGUUGAAUGUUGUUGCUUAUCGGAACAAGCAACCAUCAGUAAAUUAAGUGAUACACAACUUUUAGUAACAACACGUGUUGCUGGUGAAACAUGUAAAGCCCAAUUGAAUGGUUCAACUACAAUUGAAGUACCUAUACCAAUACCUCAAGAUAAAAAUGGCUUUCAAAUAACAACGAAUUUUCUUGGUACUAACAAUCGAUUUACAUUAACCUAUGAUAAUCAAUAUGUUGCCAAUGUUAAUUUGCAACAUCCAAUAUGUAGUGGUAUGGGACGACGAUCAUCAUAA